UUUGUCUACACUCUCUCAAAGCCUUCCUUAACUCACAUUUGCGCUCACUUUAAGAAAUGGGAAUCCUCCAAACUUUUUCAAAACAAAAGCCUGUUCUCCUCUCUCUCUCUCUCUCACUACUUUCAAUUCAAUUUGUGCAAAGUUGAGUUGGGUUGAGACUCUGUGAUUCCCAUUACUACUUUUUAUUCCAUCUCUCUCUCUCUCAUCCCACUACUCCAUCAGACAUCACAUGCAAUUGCAAUUCACAAAAGCAGUUUUUUUUUUUCUUUUGUAAAAAAAGCACUAUAACUAGUAGAAACCAUAAUGGUAUGGGGGCACUCUUUACUCACGCAGAAAAAGAAGAUUGAAAACUCUGACUGUGACUCCUCGUCAGAGCACCACAUUCAAAAAAAUUCCCUUUUCUUAUUGUCCUCUCCUCUGCACACUGCAAAACAAAAAAACACAUCUUCAAAAUCCCUUCUUUGUCUCCGACUCCACAACAACCCCUUUACUCAAGAUUCCGUUUUUUUCCUCCCAGCCUUUCCAACUUGUUGAAAAUUUCCAUUUUGGAAUUGUUUCUUCACUUCACGUGAUCUGGGUUUGUUCCAUAUAAAGUUUAGCUCUUCCCAGACCCAACACUUUUUUUCCCCUUUUAAUUCAUCCAUUCAUGGUUUCUAUUGCCCUUGAAUUUGCCCCAUGAAUUGUGGGUUUUCAAUUGCUGAGUGAUGAUUAGAUGCUUUUGUUUUAAAAGUGGUGUGUCAUAAAUAAAAAUCUUGUGGCUGUUAUGGGUGGUGAUGGCAGAGUUGAAGUUGUGAGUGGCAAGGGGUGUUCGAGGCUGUUUUCAUCUUCACUUCCUUCAUUCAGAGGUUUGCAACCGUUGGAGCCAAUGUCUCCUGUUUCGUCCUCUGUGGCAGUGCCAUCAACUGCUCCUUUUGCUGGUCUGGUUAUAUGCGUCACUGGUUUAUCUAAAGAAGCAAGGAAUCAGGUCAUGGAGGCUACAGAGAGAUUAGGUGGCCAAUAUAGCCCCAAUUUGCAUCCUCAAUGUACCCAUUUGGUGGUUCAGAGUUUUGCUGGACGUAAGUUUGAGCAUGCAUUGAAGCAUGGAGCAAAAAGUGGCCUCUUUGUUGUCACACUGGGUUGGUUUGUGGAUAGUGUCAAGAAAAAUGUGAGGUUGACUGAAUCACAUUAUAGAGUGAAGAGUUACGGGGAUAACAACAUGCACUUUGACAAUUUUAGACUUCUCGCUGAGUAUACAAAUGCUGAAAAUCAUUGUCUUCCUGCAAGAAUCCACCAAACCAAGCAAGCAAAUAGUGUUGAAGAACUUCAAAGAUUCUCUGGGAGAGAGUCUAUCAGAAAUUCUGACUCAACUUUGUCUGGCUGCUCCAUCUAUGUUGAUCCAGGCAUUUCAUCCGAAUUGCAGAACAAGGUUAUUGAGACGGUUUCAAGAGAAGGUGCUAGUUUGGUGGAACAAUGGUUUGUUGGCUGCAAUGUUAGUCAUGUAGUGACUGAAGGGACAUCAAUUCAAAGAUAUAUUGGAUACUCUAGUAACCUCAUUACUCCUCUGUGGAUUCUCAAAACAGCUAAGGAGAAAUAUGCGCAAAGGCUUGUUCACAUGUCUGUUGAUUUGGCAAAGCAAGUUGGCCUAAUGCUAGAAGAUAUUCGUAGUGGAAAUUCAGGGAAGGAAGUAAUGAAGCGAAAAGUCAGUGACAAUGUUCCAGACAAUGAAAGUGAAUUUGGUUAUGAAGAAAGGCAACAGAUAGUGAAUUCUGCAAAAAAUGGAGUCAGAAAUCGCCGUGGUCGUCGAAUGCAGACUUGUCAGACUCCAAUACGUCCUAUAACACCAAACAACCUUCUAGACUCUAUCAGCUGGUCCAUUUCAGAACCGACUUCAACUGCUUCCAUUUACACAGACUCUUUCAGUGUCGAAGAUCCUAGUGAAAAUCAUACCACUCCAAUAUUUUUCGACGCAAAAGGGGAUGGCAAGGACUCAGAAGCUUCAUUUUCAAACUCCACUCGUCCUCUAACAGAAAGUGAGAAAUCUGAGUUGAUAUUUAAAAAUCAUUUCCUUACCAUACUCUUCCCAGUUGACCGAUUUGCCGAGAUGGGUCCUUCUUCAAGAACGUUUUUCAGCCAUAAUGGUUUUACGUGUCUUCAGGUGUUGGAUCAUAUUCAUGCUUUUUAUCAGGAGAACAUGCCAAGGCAGGAAAUAGAAGUUGCAAUUCAUAGCGAUUCAAGACACGCAGAUAGGCUUAGAUCAGUGUACUCAAGUAGGGAAACAGCAGAACGUGGCUAUGUAAUGUUCAAACGGGUUGAAUUCUUGGGUAGUCGUACAAGUUUUGAAAUGUUAAAGCGUGUAACUGGGGACAACAACUCCAACGUUUAUGAACUAUUACUUAGGGCUUAAGGUAGAGAUUCUUGGUAACCGUACGAGUUUUAUACUCUGUUCUUGUAAAGAUUUUUCUGCUUUGGGCAUUGAAAUUGAUGAGAAAUAGGAAUAUGGUUUUAUUACUCUUUUCAA